CAACGUCCGUGGCUGCCACACAAGUAUCAGCAGUGACCAGCGACUCAGCCGGCUCCUCGUACUCCAUCAGUGGCAUUCUGGGUAUCAGCUCAGCUGCUGACGUUGGCAAGAGGAAGAGGGACGAAGGUCUGCAGGAGUCACCGCUGGCCAACGGGCAUGGCCACAGUGGGCGGGACUUCCUCAGGAAGCAGAUGAGAGGGGAGCUGUUCUCACCGCAGCAGAUCGAGGUAUUGGACCGCCUGUUUGACAGGCAGCCACCCUGUCCAAUCCAAUCCAGCUCUGACCUCUAUGUGAGCCCUGACUCUGGCAAGAUGCCUGGUAUGUACUUGGCCCUGCUGUUGGUGGUGGUGCUGUUGCAGCAUGUGGGGGUGCCUUUGAAGGAGUGUGAUAAAUCAGGAGGGCUGACAGAGCCCCCACCCAUCCAUGCUGCUCUGGGUCCAAAUGCCCACAGCACCAGGGGAGAUUUUUCCGGAAGUCCAUAUUCCCAUCCCCAGUAUUCCACGUACAAUGAAUCAUGGAGAUUUCCUAACCCCAGUUUAUUAGUCUUUCAGCAGGAUUAUGGGUCUCUCCUGGGGACGGAAAUCGGCUGCUCCUCCAGUCUCUUCACCAGCCAGGCAGGACAGAUGCAAGGGUCACCGUACUAUUACAGUGCAACAUCACGGGGGACGGGCCCUGCUGCCACUGCGACAGCCUCUGCCUACGACCGCCACUGACCCCACUGAGAGGAGAGGAGGAUGAGGAGAAGGAGAUGAGGGAGGGAGGGACGGAUAGCACCAGCACCACUCAAUACAAACCUGCCUACGCAUGGACGACAAUGGGGAUGAAGAUUUCAAAUUUUUGACGUCAGUGAAGUUUGAAUUUUCUUUGAUUGCCAACAAACGCACUGCUGGGCUGCAACACAGACAAACUGUAUGGGUUUUACAUUACUGUGAGGACACAGGCAUGGCAGUGUCAAUAACUGACAUAUUCAGAAGAUUUCGUAAGCAAGUACAAAAUUGGACCCUCCCAUAACAUCUGAAGGCUUGGUAUCUCUAACUUGUUUUUAAAUCUACAGUAAGUCAGUGGAGCAGUGAUUGAAACUGUAUUGUGAUCUUCUGGGUAAAAUGUUGUGUUUUCAGGUUGGGAAUAUUUUUGAUGAAGUUAUUUGAGUUGAUUAGAGCAAAAUCACUUUUUCAAACCGUCCUUUUAUGCCCCGACAUCAAUCAAUCAAUUUUCUAUGCCAUGCUACGGUGAAGUAAAGACAAUCCAAUUAUCAUAACUUUAAAUGACCAAAAUCACCCCUAUCAUUACCAUUCCAGAGUCUCGUGCUGUAGAUUCAACGCAUUUCCCCUGGGAUCACAAUGCUCAAUAAAUGGGAUACACUACUUUUCAAUGGGAGUGUUCAGUUUUAAAUUUGACCGUUCGCUAAGCCCCACCACCAUUAGUUACUGUCGCUAUGCCUGUCAAGCUUUCCGUUCUCACUAGCACAUAUGCAGUUAACAAUGGUAACAGUGGCAGAUUUACCAACUCUAGUGAUUUUUGAAAAAAUGGAUCCUUGAUUUCAAAUAGAAGUAGACAAAAGCAGCUUCUCAUUUCUAUCAGGCAACCAUCAAUUUUGCUGAAAUAUCAACUGUUGCUGACAGAUUUGAUCAGCUGUAGCUAUCAUAACAUGUUUGUAUUUUCAUAAGCUUAAACAGUUGGUUAAUGAUGUGCUCUUGGACUUGGAAGUAACACUUGGUUACUAAUUUGCCAGACAUGCUAAUGUUUGUAGCAUUUGUUAAAGCAAAUAAACACAUACGGUCAGUUUAACUAAUA